AUGGAAAGUGCCCCAGGAAAGACUGUACAUGCCAUUCAGGUUGUUAGAAUGUUGCAUGAGACAAAGAGGGUCAAUCAAACUCUGACAACUCAGAACAACAGCAGAGGAUACUUAGCUGAAAUUCAGCAGCAGGUGUUGACAUGGUAAUAGAUACUCCAUGUGCCAUCCACCACCACACAGCUUGAAAUAAAAAGCAACAUGAUUAGCUAAUCAAUGCUUCCACAAUAGCUACAAACAGAAAAUUACAAUCUUAUGAACUGCUCCACUGCCAGGAUCUGAAUUACCCCUUUUCCCAAACUAGUAAAUAAUCCUUUCAAAACAAGGAAUGCACUAUGAGAAUAACUGUGUUUUUUAGUAUGCAAUUAAGUCAGUACUAUAACAUAUUUGAUACUACUGCACAUAGCUAUCUUUAUUAACAGAAAACACUUUCAUUGAGAAAAUAGUCGCUAUCUGUCUUUAAUGCACAUGAUUUUACUUUCCGACAGCAACUAACAGAGGUAACAUUUUUCUUUUCAAAGCAUCAAACAGGCUUUACCUUUACAAGGAGUCAAGCCAGCUGUUCUGGACAACUGCAUCUCCAUUUCUCAUUUUUGUGGUGCAGUCCAAAGGCAAUGCCACUGGUAUCAAGUGAACCAAGUGUCACAACACCACAUCACCUACAAUUCACAGGGUGGAAAACUGGUAGUUUAA